ACCAGCGUGGGAUUUUCGAAUUUCCUAUGGACCUGCGCGUCAAAAACUCAUGUCGAUAAGAAAACAAUGUAAAAGUCUAUUGAAGCAGAAAGCAGGAAUUUAAAUAUAAAUGAAAGUUAGAAAAUCUCCCCAAUAAUUUAGCUGAGACCAAGAAGAAUUAUCAUUUAAUUUGUUGCUGCCACAACAUGGACUUAUGGUAUAUUCUUGGAUACGGGAAAGAGGCACUUUCUGCAUUUGAUACAUUGGCCAAGGCCUUGGGUUAUCAGAAGGCAGAUGGUAAAAAAGAAGAUAUGAAGGAGCUUGUAAAGGCCUUAAGAAUACUUCUGAAACCAACAUUUUCACUGAGAAUCGGCGGAUUGUCAGGGAUCGUUGCAGUAUCAAUGGCUGCGUAUGGAGCUCAUGCUUUCAAAGAGAAGAAAAAGAAUUCAAAGGAAUUGAGGAAGAUCUACAAGAAAGGUUACAUGAUGCAUUUGGUGCAUUCUGUAGCACUAACGUAUUCAGACACGUGUAACAAACCAGUGACUGGAGGUUUGUUUACGCUUGGAAUAAUUCUCUAUUCCGGCAGCUGUUAUGCCCAGGGCUUGACGGGUGAAAGCAAGUUUGAAAACGGCACCAAAAUUGGAGUCCUUGUUCUCAUUGGUGCUUGGUUAAGCAUGAUUUAUGGAGAAAAAUAAACAAACACAUAAUUUUUGUAAUCGGAGCAAUAAACAAAAGCAAACAAAUGUGUAAGAAAAAUAAGCAUAUUAUAUUUGAAAUAUCGAAAGGGUUAGGUUUGUUACAACGAUAUGUAUGGAAGUGUAUGUCAAAUGUGGAUAAGAUUUCUCGUUUUUUUUCAUAAAUCAUCUAACAGUAUUGUUUACAUAUUGCAAUCAAAUGACUGAAAGAUAAGUCUUAAUUCUGAUUUAAGGCAAAACUUCUUGAUCAUCCAGAUACUUGUUGUUAUCAUACCAACUUAUAGUCGACGCGUCUU